GCAAACGCCUUCUUCCUGUUCUAGUCUUCAGUCUUCUAACUUCCCUCCUGCGACGGGGCAGAUCGAUUCUAGAACAAAACCAAAAGUGAGAAUGCUAAGGUUGGCACUCUCACUUCCUCUUUGAAUAUAGUACUUGCAGAGGGGCACCCACUGGGAGGGAAGAGGCAGGUGUCCCAGGGACUCUGCGCUGCCACCAGUUACAGAUCGUCAUGUUCUCUCAUGGCCUCCACUGGUUGCAGAAAAUGCCAGGAUGAUGCCUCCCUGGCUCCUGGCUAGGACUCUGAUCAUGGCACUGUUCUUCUCCUGCCUGACACCAGGAAGCUUGAAUCCCUGCAUAGAGGUGUGAAAUUGAAACAAUUGAAGACAAGGCAUGGCAUGGCUUACACCACCUCUCAAACUUGAUACUGACAGGAAACCCUAUCCAGAGUUUUUCCCCAGGAAGUUUCUCUGGACUAACAAGUUUAGAGAAUCUGGUGGCUGUGGAGACAAAAUUGGCCUCUCUAGAAAGCUUCCCUAUUGGACAGCUUAUAACCUUAAAGAAACUCAAUGUGGCUCACAAUUUUAUACAUUCCUGUAAGUUACCUGCAUAUUUUUCCAAUCUGACGAACCUAGUACAUGUGGAUCUUUCUUAUAACUAUAUUCAAACUAUUACUGUCAACGACUUACAGUUUCUACGUGAAAAUCCACAAGUCAAUCUCUCUUUAGACAUGUCUUUGAACCCAAUUGACUUCAUUCAAGACCAAGCCUUUCAGGGAAUUAAGCUCCAUGAACUGACUCUAAGAGGUAAUUUUAAUAGCUCAAAUAUAAUGAAAACUUGCCUUCAAAACCUGGCUGGUUUACACGUCCAUCGGUUGAUCUUGGGAGAAUUUAAAGAUGAAAGGAAUCUGGAAAUUUUUGAACCCUCUAUCAUGGAAGGACUAUGUGAUGUGACCAUUGAUGAGUUCAGGUUAACAUAUACAAAUGAUUUUUCAGAUGAUAUUGUUAAGUUCCAUUGCUUGGCGAAUGUUUCUGCAAUGUCUCUGGCAGGUGUAUCUAUAAAAUAUCUAGAAGAUGUUCCUAAACAUUUCAAAUGGCAAUCCUUAUCAAUCAUUAGAUGUCAACUUAAGCAGUUUCCAACUCUGGAUCUACCCUUUCUUAAAAGUUUGACUUUAACUAUGAACAAAGGGUCUAUCAGUUUUAAAAAAGUGGCCCUACCAAGUCUCAGCUAUCUAGAUCUUAGUAGAAAUGCACUGAGCUUUAGUGGUUGCUGUUCUUAUUCUGAUUUGGGAACAAACAGCCUGAGACACUUAGACCUCAGCUUCAAUGGUGCCAUCAUUAUGAGUGCCAAUUUCAUGGGUCUAGAAGAGCUGCAGCACCUGGAUUUUCAGCACUCUACUUUAAAAAGGGUCACAGAAUUCUCAGCGUUCUUAUCCCUUGAAAAGCUACUUUACCUUGACAUCUCUUAUACUAACACCAAAAUUGACUUCGAUGGUAUAUUUCUUGGCUUGACCAGUCUCAACACAUUAAAAAUGGCUGGCAAUUCUUUCAAAGACAACACCCUUUCAAAUGUCUUUGCAAACACAACAAACUUGACAUUCCUGGAUCUUUCUAAAUGUCAAUUGGAACAAAUAUCUUGGGGGGUAUUUGACACCCUCCAUAGACUUCAAUUAUUAAAUAUGAGUCACAACAAUCUAUUGUUUUUGGAUUCAUCCCAUUAUAACCAGCUGUAUUCCCUCAGCACUCUUGAUUGCAGUUUCAAUCGCAUAGAGACAUCUAAAGGAAUACUGCAACAUUUUCCAAAGAGUCUAGCCUUCUUCAAUCUUACUAACAAUUCUGUUGCUUGUAUAUGUGAACAUCAGAAAUUCCUGCAGUGGGUCAAGGAACAGAAGCAGUUCUUGGUGAAUGUUGAACAAAUGACAUGUGCAACACCUGUAGAGAUGAAUACCUCCUUAGUGUUGGAUUUUAAUAAUUCUACCUGUUAUAUGUACAAGACAAUCAUCAGUGUGUCAGUGGUCAGUGUGAUUGUGGUAUCCACUGUAGCAUUUCUGAUAUACCACUUCUAUUUUCACCUGAUACUUAUUGCUGGCUGUAAAAAGUACAGCAGAGGAGAAAGCAUCUAUGAUGCAUUUGUGAUCUACUCGAGUCAGAAUGAGGACUGGGUGAGAAAUGAGCUGGUAAAGAAUUUAGAAGAAGGAGUGCCCCGCUUUCACCUCUGCCUUCACUACAGAGACUUUAUUCCUGGUGUAGCCAUUGCUGCCAACAUCAUCCAGGAAGGCUUCCACAAGAGCCGGAAGGUUAUUGUGGUAGUGUCUAGACACUUUAUUCAGAGCCGUUGGUGUAUCUUUGAAUAUGAGAUUGCUCAAACAUGGCAGUUUCUGAGCAGCCGCUCUGGCAUCAUCUUCAUUGUCCUUGAGAAGGUUGAGAAGUCCCUGCUGAGGCAGCAGGUGGAAUUGUAUCGCCUUCUUAGCAGAAACACCUACCUGGAAUGGGAGGACAAUCCUCUGGGGAGGCACAUCUUCUGGAGAAGACUUAAAAAUGCCCUAUUGGAUGGAAAAGCCUCGAAUCCUGAGCAAACAGCAGAGGAAGAACAAGAAACGGCAACUUGGACCUGAGGAGAACAAAACUCUGGGGCCUAAACCCAGUCUGUUUGCAAUUAAUAAAUGCUACAGCUCACCUGGGGCUCUGCUAUGGACCGAGAGCCCAUGGAACACAUGGCUGCUAAGCUAUAGCAUGGACCUUACCGGGCAGAAGGAAGUAGCACUGACACCUUCCUUUCCAGGGGUAUGAAUUACCUAACUCGGGAAAAGAAACAUAAUCCAGAAUCUUUACCUUUAAUCUGAAGGAGAAGAGGCUAAGGCCUAGUGAGAACAGAAAGGAGAACCAGUCUUCACUGGGCCUUUUGAAUACAAGCCAUGUCAUGUUCUGUGUUUCAGUUGCUUUAGAAGAGUAUUGAUAGUUUCAACUGAACUGAACGGUUUCUUACUUUCCCUUUUUUCUACUGAAUGCAAUAUUAAAUAGCUCUUUUUGAGAGGUCUUCAUUCCAAUUUCAUCUUCCAUUUUAUGUCAUUUUCUUUUCUUUUUUUUUUUUAUCUAAUUCUAUAAGAAAUAUGAUUGAUACACGCUCACAGAUAGCCUGGCCAAUCCUAAGAAUGCUAUAUUUAUUAAAUACAAUUCCUAGUAUACUUUUACUUUUAUAAAUUCAGUUAUCGUUUUUCAUGCCUUGACUAUAAACUAAUAUCAUAAAUAAGAUUGUUACAGGUAUGCUAAGAAGGCCCAUAUUUGACUAUAAUUUUUUAAGAAAGUAUGUAAAAUAUACUUUGUCAUAUUGUCACUGAAUGUCAUUCUUAAGUUAUUACCUAAGUUAUGGAUGUCACAGAGUCAGUGUUAAAAAUAAUUUGGUUGAUAGAAAUAUUUUUAAUCAGGAGGGAAAAGUGGAGAGGGGUGCAGGAACAGAAAUCAUGAUUUCAUCAUUUAUUCUUGAUUUUUCCGGAAGUUCACAUAGCUGAAUGACAAGACUACAUAUGCUGCAACUGAUGUUCCUUCUCAUCAAGGAUACUCUCUGAAGGACUUGAGAACAUUUUGGGGAGGAAGAAAGGUCUAACAUCCUUUUCCUUCAUCAUUCUCAUUUCUGGACAUGCCUUGUGAGAUGGAUGAAUGUUGGGAGUACACAUUUCUGCUUUCACCUUAUUUCAGUCAGCAUGAACACUGAAUAUAUAAUGUCAUUUCACAGUGUGUGUGUGUGUGUGUUGUGUAUGUACAUAUAUGAACCUGUACAUGUGUUUAAGUUUAAAGAGAAAAUAGUGUACAGAGCAGCUCUAUAUUUGUGAUAGGGCUUUAAAUAGUUGAGCUAAUUCAGAAAAGUAUGGAGAUUUCUUGGUAAAGGAAACCAAAGUAGAAUCAUUACAAGAUCUAACAAUAAAAAUUUUGAAACAAUCCUACAAGUAAAUAUAUUGGAUUUUCUUGUCCAUUAAGACAAUAUUCAUACUAUUGAAAUUAUGGAAACAACCCUUGGAAGGUUAAUGCAUAGAGACAGAAUGCUAUCUACUUGCAGUGGAAUGUGAUUUGACCUUGGAGAAGAAGCAAACCUUGCUACUUGUGAGCAGAUGCAUAAAGGUGGAGGUUUUUUAUUGUAAGUGAAAUAUGCCAGGCACAGAAGGAACUGGCCUUUCAGGAACUUUUGAUGACAUGAGCAAAGUUAGAAAAAAUAAUAUGCAGAACAAUAGAAGAGGAAGACAAAAGAAAGACAGCCCUAGGAUGUAUUCUUCACAACGAUUUUAAACAAUAUGCUUGAAAGAGAAUGAAGUUAUUAGUAUCAAUUAAGAUGUCUACAAUUUUCAUAAUUCCAUUCAAACUGGAACAUAGCCACCUAAUUAUUUGUCUCUUGUUAGCCAAGUGAAAUAGCAGAUCAAGAAUCUCCCCAUUUUUCUGAUAUAAAAACCCAAAUUCUAAUGCAGUAAAUGUCUUGUCAAUCAGCCAGAUAGCACAGAAGAGGCAAGGCGACAGUCUGUGCCCCUUCCCUCUCACAGAAACUCCUGUGCACUCUAGCCCACUGCUUCAGGCUACAAGCUAGAAAAGCAAGAAGUGAAAGUGCCACAGUUCUCUAUGUGGUUAGUGCCAGUCAGGGUCAUUCAACUUAAACCAUGAGUCAUUAAGAAAAUACAUAUGCAUGCAUGCAUUAAUGCACAGAGUAGUUUAUUUAUAACAACUCUUUCCAUAAAGGGCUGGGGAGUUUUCAACAAAAUAUAAAGGAACAAUUAGUUUAAUCAAAAGAAAGAAAUAUAGGCAGAAGAAAGAAAUGAAAGAAAGAAAGGAAAGUUUUAACUGUGUAUUCCAGGUUUAAUUCUAGAGAUCUUCUGGAAUUUUAGAGAGUGUGACUUUUGGAGAAUUCCUAAACUCAUUUUCAGAUUAUAUUACGUAUGUGACUUGGCCUUCAUCUGUCUGAGAGCUAAGAAAGAAAUGAAGAUCAUGCAUUUAUUAUUAGGCCAUUACAAACUAAUAAAUAUAAAGAUAAAAGGGAGACUCUGUGGAUGAGUCUCCCUCUUGGCUUUCUUAUGGGUAGUCAGAGAGAAGCACUCAGUAGCCUUAUCCUUGACAACAUUUUUGUCACAUUUGUUUUCCCAGUCUGUAGGACAACAGCAGUCCUUAUGACUAAAGUAGAUUGUAUCUUUUUUACCUAGCUUCUAUUCAUCUGUGUUGUCCUAGCUUCCUUUUUGAGUCUACAGCCUUUGAGAAAUCACUAGAAGUCACUGGAACCUCAUGCUUUGACUUGAGGCAGUCCUCAUAUGUGUUCCUAGGUACUCGAGGGGUCAGUUGGGAGACUGGGGAGCCAUAUCUUAACCAUCAGCUUUGCUUCCUUGGUGUUGAGCAUCAUGCCUGACAAAGUAAGCAGACAAUGCCUGUAUACGUGAAGAAGAGGAGAAUCAUUAAUGCAUGUUUUCUUGGUGUGCUGUUGUCCUUGAUACAUUCCAGUUCAGAAUCUAAAGUCCUAGGGAUCUUAGCUGUCAACUUAGUUUUCCCUGUCUGUCACUUUGUAUGGAUGAUUUAAAUUGCUUCUUCACUUGGUUGCUUGACACCAUGUAUUCUAAAAUUUUGUGGAAGGUGUGUGUUGGGGGGGGGCGUAGUUCUAACAAUAGUGUUCUCUAGUGGAUACAUUAAAAUCAUAUUCAGCUAAUUAAUAUUUGAUUAAGUUUUGCAUGCUAUACCGAUUUGAUAAACAUUCACAAAAUCACAGGCUUCAAGAUUUUUCUUAACACAUCCAAAGUACACAGGCAUUAAAUGGGCAAAACUAAAUAUCAAACUGACUUUAUUUAAUAGUUUCUCUACUGUUCUCUUUUGUUUUAUGUCAAGAGUUGAAUGCCACUGUUCUGUAUUUUUAAUUAUUUAUUGUUUGCUAUUGUGAGAAUUCAAAGCCAGAACUUUGAGGAGCUGACAGAGGCACUGUGGCCUAUGAAGACAGUUUUUGGAGUUAACAAUUUCCUUGGUAACUAUGGACUAUGUCUCCACACUUCAGCUCUCAUAUCUGAUGGAAUAAACUCCUUUCCAGGAGGCUUCUACUUAUGCUAAUGCACCCAAGCAAACAAGGAGGCUAAUAGAACCAGCUGUUUCUGUCUUUAUAGCAAUUUCCCAACAUUCUACACUUGAGGAUUUCUUCUGUCACAUGAUUUUUUUCAUUGGGCAUUCUUUCAAUCCUUCAUUAAAUGGCCGAGACUUCUCACUAGACCCCAACUCAAUGAAAUUCUUAAGCUGCUAGCAUUGAACAACACUGACUUUUUCAAAGCACCUUGAUAGGGAAUUUAAGCUGGACCAUCUGAAGCAGGAAAGUCUGUUGUUUUGAUGGAAUUUCCUAAUGGUACCAUUGUGGCUUUAUUUUGCCUUGUUAAUGUAAGGGAUUCAAAGCAUUUCAACUUACUACUCAUAGUUCAAGCAUCUAUUUUGCAGAUGCACUGAAAAUUAAGAGAUUGGAGAGUUUGUCAUAUAUAUUUCCAUCAUCAACUAUUCUAGUUCUUACUAAAGAAGGAGGGUGCAAAAAUUUGAAGGAUAUGUUAAAGUGCCUUCUAUACUUAAUGAUUCUUCUAGAAAAGGCAAAGUGUUGAUCUUGUUCUUUGUUAUGGUAUUAUAUCUUCUCAUGGUAAUUUGAAAGAAGUUUACAUACCAAUUUCAGUUUGUUUACCUAGGCCUUGAGAGUCAUUCUACAGUACACGAUUAGGCUACUAUGAAGACAAAAGAAAUCAUUGUGGGGAAACUCAGUACAGCUCUAGAUUUACCUUUUAUAAUAGAUGAAUCCCAGAAUGAUAAAGAUCAAGCCUGGCAUGAUGUUAAUUUAGUGGGCUAGGAUCCUGGAAACCUCCUAAAAUAGGACAUCCCAUGCAUUUGGCCUUAGCCAGUGAGGCAUCUCUGAGAAAGUGUAGAAAAACUUGCAAGGAGGUUCAGUGCUCUGAAAGACACAGAGUCAAAUGUACAUGUAAUUCCAGUUCUUCUUUUAUAUAUGUGUACUUUACAUAGUCCCUGAAGUAUCGAGAGGCUCAGGUAUAGGUGCUACCACCUUGAUAGAGUUCACUUAGCCAAAAUGCAGAAAUGGAUGCCCAGAGAGAAUAGAUUACUUGUCCUGCAUCCUGUAACUUAAAAUGUGUUAAUAAUCAUCAUAAUAAAUUCUAUCUGCCAAAUAUUUCAUAUGUGCAUGAGACUGUUUUAGUUUAAUUAUUAAAAUUGCUUUCUGAUGCAGCUCUUAGCCACAUUGUCAUUUCCCAUACAAUGAAACUGAGACCAAAAAGCAAAUUCUCCAAUUCCAAGGGUAGAAUUCAAGUAAUCCUGAUAUCCAGAGCUGCUAAUUUUUUGCCACACAGUAGACUGCUGCAGUGUCUGGGCUUUUUUGCUGGGGCUCAUUCACUCACUAACGGGAGAAUCCUGUGGACAAGGUCAGCAACUCCCUUACCAUCUAGAAAUUGAAGGUUUCAAAGGCACUGCAUGUGACUUUCCUUGAUUUCUAUGGAAAUGAAGAUGGUCCCUCCUGUGACAGUGCUAAGUGCCGAGUCUGAGUGUAAAUGUGCUUUUUGGCACAAAUUGUUCUGUUCUAAUAGUGUUGAUUAUAAUUAUAAAAUAAUGUGUUUCUGAAAGGCUGCAAGCAAUUCUGGGAAUGACAAUAAGGGUUUCGAAACAACAUGGUAUUUAUGUGAGAAGUGUUUUGUUGAAAAUUAAACCUGUGUUUAGGAGAAAGGAUCCUGUUGUUUGCUCCUAAGAAACUAUCACACCAUGUAAUUAAAUCAGAGCCAGUUGGUUGCCAAUUGGAGUUCUUGUCUCACAUGAACAAUAUUGUAUCACCUACAACAAACAAGAUAUGACUGACCAGAGGUAGCCAAGACUCUUUACCCAAAUCCUGUUUCUCUAUCUUCUCAGGGCCCAGAAAAAAGAUGGAAAUGCAUGGUCAGUUUUUUUCCAAGGCUGGGAAUUAACCUUGUAGGGUGAAGCCUUCCUCAAGUUCAUCUCAGAUUGUCCGUAAGGAAUAGGUUUUUCAUUCAAGGGCCUUUUAUAGGAGGCUGUAUCUGUAAAUAAGUGAGGAAUUCAAUGUUUGAGAGGCUGUCUUGACUUCCUUUCUUGGGAGGAAAAACAAAAUCCUUCUAUGAAGAUUAGGAAUGUCUUCGAUGUUCUCAGACCUCAAAGGCAGAAAAAAGUAUGCAGUGUAAUUUGUUUGUAUGUAUCUCUCUUAAAAUAAUAUCUACCAUAACAUUGUCUCCCAA